AGUUUCUGCAAGAUUGCAGCGACCCCACGAGACAGCGACCCAUAGCCCACCGCCGUCCCCUCCCUUUUCCACCGUUUUUGCAGAGGUCGUCGCCUCCUUCAUCCCGAUCUCACAACCCAAGCAGCCGGCCUCCCAAAACCCAUCCAAGUUUCUUGACGUACGACAGGUGCUGGCAGCGCAGGUCUAGGUCCGGGUUGACCCGACGGUUUAGCAUCAUGCUGGUAGUUUCUUGGCAGGCUGCCCUUGUGGCGUAGUGCUGCUUCCUGACGGUUUCUUGUGCCGUGAAUUAGUGGUUGGAUUUGGCCCAGAUCUUUUAAUGGUCUCGUGCCAGUGAUGCGUGCUCGGUAGUUCGGUCGGAGAAGAGAGUAGAGAGGGGCGGAGAGGCGAGAGGUGGGAUGGGGAAUUGCAUGGACACCGUGCAGCAGGUGGAUAUCAACACCACAUAUCCAUCAAAAGGAGGUAGCAGAACAAAUUUAUCGUCAAAUCCUUCGACUUCGACUACCAAAAGUGGUUCUGCUCGGACAAAUUUUACUCUGCCUUCCUCUACAAAUCUGAGCGAGCUUCCUACUCCUAGGACAGAAGGACAAAUUCUGUCAUCACCUAAUUUAAAGGCAUUCCUGUUCGGUGAUCUCAAGAAUGCAACAAAGAACUUCCGGCCAGACAGUCUUAUUGGGGAAGGAGGAUUUGGCUGUGUCUACAAAGGUUGGAUCGAUGAACAAACUCUUGCUCCUUCAAAACCAGGAACUGGCAUGGUUGUGGCUGUCAAGAAGCUAAAACCAGAAGGAUUCCAAGGCCACAAGGAAUGGCUGACCGAAGUUGAUUACCUUGGCCAACUUCAUCACCCAAAUCUCGUUAAGCUCAUUGGUUAUUGUUAUGAUGGUGAUAACCGACUUUUGGUGUAUGAGUUAAUGCCUAAAGGAAGUUUGGAGAAUCAUCUAUUCAGACGAGGUGCGGAUCCUUUACCCUGGGGAAUAAGACUCAAAGUUGCUAUUGGGGCUGCUAGGGGUUUAUCAUUUUUGCAUGAUGAUGAAAAUCAGGUUAUAUACCGUGAUUUCAAGGCAUCAAAUAUUCUCCUUGACUCGGAGUUUAAUGCAAAACUAUCGGACUUUGGCUUGGCCAAAGCAGGUCCAACUGGGGAUAGAACCCAUGUUUCUACACAAGUCAUGGGUACUAGAGGUUAUGCAGCUCCAGAAUAUAUUGCGACUGGUCGCCUCUCUAUAAAGGCAGAUGUCUACAGCUUUGGUGUUGUGUUGCUCGAGCUGCUGACAGGAAGGCGAGCAUUGGACAGAUCAAAACCAGCAACAGAACAGAAUCUGGUUGACUGGACAAAGCCCUACCUGGGCGACAAGCGCCGCCUCUACCGUGUUAUGGAUAUGAAGCUGGGUGGCCAGUACCCGAAGAAAGGCGCUCAUGCCGUUGCUGGUCUCGCCCUGCAGUGCAUCCGUCCCGAGGCCAAACUGCGGCCCCAGAUGUCUGAGGUUCUGGAGAAGCUGGAGGAGCUGCAGGACCCUAAGUACAAUGUGACCGCGCCACAAGUUGACACCCAAAGGACCUCAUCUGGUGUUUCAGUCCCGAGGUCACCCAUGAAAGCACAGCCUUCGCCACGGCGCCCAUCGGCCUCAGCUUCCCCUUUGCCAGCUGUGGGGUCCCCACUGCUGGCUAGUAGGACUGCGCAAGUACACUAGAUGUGUAACCUAGGAUUGGAGAUCGGAAGGCACGCGUUGUUGUUUUUUCUUCUGUGCCCAAAUGAUUGUUGUAUGAAACCUAGGAUGUAUAUAUUUGGUUGUCAUCGAUAGUUGUACUGUACUUUCCAGCGCACGCCUGUGUGACAAGAGACAUGACCAUAUUUUAAGUUCUUUCUGCUGAGGUUAACAUCUUUUGUUGUAUCUUUGAGAUAUAAAAAAUAAAAAAAGAAGAAAAGAUAACGGAUGCUGAAUUGAGCU